AUGUCUCUGGAUUGUGGACUUGCCGCAUAUAAUAUCACCGGCAGUAUUACUACUGGGGUUGACCCUCAGGAUAGAGAAUGGAGUAAACCAGACAAGCUCUCAUUCCGAAUUGGCAGUACCGAGUCUGAAGAUGGCGGCCAGAUCUUUACUGCAGACCGUGUUGUAGCCAACAAGAACUACGCGGGCUCCUGGGAUAACGACAUUGCGGUCAUCAAGCUCAACAAACCCAUCAAGUUCGGGAAGAACGCAAAACCCAUCAAGCUUGGAACCAAAAGUCUCAAAGCAGGGACUAAAUGCAAAAUAGCAGGGUGGGGAGGAACCUCAGAUUCCACAGAAUCGUCGCCUGUCCUGCUGGAUACAACAUUGACAGUUUACGACUUGGAGAAAUGUCAAAAUAUCUACCCCGAUGAGGUCACAACUAGACAGAUUUGUACCUACGACAAACAAACUGGACCUUGCGUUUUUGACUGGGGAGACCCGCUGGUGUACAAGGGGAAGGUGUACGGACUGUUGACUGGGAUCACCGAAUGCCUCGCUUAUCCGGUCGUUUACACGAAUGUGCCUGCUUAUCUUGAUUGGAUCAAAAAUGCCAUAAAGGAGUGA